AUGGCCUCUCCGGCUGUCAAGAAAGCUAUCUCGGAGGCUGCUUUGCAGUACACAAAGCCUGAGGGAAAGGUUUUUGAAUAUGGUACCGCAGGGUUCCGCAUGAAGGCCGACCUGCUCAACACUGUUGUCUUCGCCGUUGGUCUGCUGGCCAGUCUGCGUUCUAAGAAGCUUAGCGGACAAUGGAUUGGUGUUAUGGUAACUGCUAGUCACAAUCCUGCCGAGGACAAUGGUGUUAAGCUGGUUGACCCGAUGGGUGAGAUGCUCGAGGCCGAAUGGGAGGCUUAUGCUACUAGACUUGCCAAUGCCCCGUUGGAGAGCAUCGCCGACGUAUACGACGAACUUGUUAAGGAGAUCGAUGUCAAAAUGUCCAACCCUGCCCGCGUGGUCUUUGCCCGAGACACCCGUGCCUCUGGUUCUCGCCUCGUGGGUGUUCUGAGCGCGGCUCUUACUGCUACCGAUGUCGAGUUCAUCGAUUUCAAGUAUAUGACCACUCCUCAACUGCACUACGUCACACGUUGCAAGAACACUCUUGGAACACAGUACGAGUACGGCCAGCCUACAGAGCAGGGAUACUAUGAGAAGCUUGCAGACUCCUUCAAAAAGGUCAUGCGUGGUGUCAAGAUCCAGGGUUCCUUGACCAUUGACUGUGCCAAUGGUGUCGGAGGUCCCAAGUUGCGGGAACUUAUUAAGUACCUGGAUGGAAUUGAUAUUAAGGUUAUCAACGACGACGUGAUCAACCCUGAUAGCUUGAACUCCGAGUGCGGUGCCGACUACGUCAAGACAAAGCAGCGCGCUCCCCCCACUUCCAAGAGCAACGUUUUCCGUCUUCUUGACGGCGACCGCAUCGCUACUCUCGCCGCCUCCUUCAUUGGCGACCUUGCCCGCAGUGCAGGUAUCACCCAGAAGCUCAAGAUCGGUGUCGUUCAGACCGCAUACGCCAACGGCGCGAGCACUGAUUACAUUGACAAGGUGCUCAAGCUCCCAAUAAUCUGCACAAACACCGGUGUGAAGCACCUACACCACGCUGCCCUGCGCUUUGAUGUGGGCGUCUACUUCGAGGCUAAUGGCCACGGUACCAUCACCUUCUCGGAGACUGCCAUGAAGACUAUCAGAAGCACCGAGCCCCAGUCUCCCGGUCAGCAGAACGCUUUAGAGUCCCUCCAAGCCCUGACCGAUCUGAUCAACCAGGCUGUCGGCGAUGCCCUCUCCGAUAUGUUGCUUGUCGAGGUGAUCCUUGCUCACAAGGGCUGGACCCCCAAGGAGUGGCUGGGCACCUACACUGAUCUCCCCUCUCGCCUGGUGCGCGUCGAGGUUAAUGACCGUUCCAUCUUCAAGGCUUAUGAUGCUGAGCGUAAGCUAGAGUCUCCUGCCGGUCUGCAGGCCAAGAUCGAGUCUCUGCAGUCCCGCUACAACAAGGGUCGUAGCUUUGCCCGUGCCAGUGGUACUGAGGAUGCCGUCCGUGUCUACGCUGAGGCUGCCAGCCGCUCGGAGGCUGAUGAUCUCGCUACCCGUGUCGCCAAUGCCGUUCGCGAAGCUGGCACCUCGGAAGGCCAGUAG